UGCAGAUUCAUACCAUCAAUAGGUGGGACUAUCAAAAACAUGACGCUUUACUCCGUACUAUAUAUAACCCUUUUUCUCUCCUGUUUUUGGAAUCUCGUCUUGAGGGGGUACAAACAUGUUCUAGAGUACCUCGAGUCCUUCUUUAGAAUUCUGGUGCCCCUUCGAUCCAUGGUUCCGGAAUCAAGUCUACCCCAGGCCAGGCAGGUGCUUUAGGGAGCUGAAGCAAUGCUGGAUUUGAGGCUCUCCUCUUCCUAUCGCGAUCCGGUUCUACGGUAUAUCAGCCAGAUGGCCUUGCUAGAUACUAUUCUUAGAGGUG